GCCUACUUCCUCAAUGCCUUUCACAACUCCGCCCAAUAAAUUCUCGGCCCAUUUUUCUCCACCUAUCCGGAGGAAGUGGCAAAGGUGUGGGUGACGCAGCCAAGAAAUGGCCCAAUUUAUUUUUCAGACUUCACAUGGGCAACCGUUUGGGAGAGCUCCAAGCCAUUCAAAGGUUGGCUGACGGGAACCCCCAUCAAAACGGAUUCCGCUGCAACUAAAGAAGCCCCACCAAAGAAAGUGUCAUCCGUCCCUGGGAAAUCAAACCACUCAAGCUCGGCGGAAGGCAAAUUUGAUUGGUAUCAUUGGUUCAAGGCAUUGGAACCAAAAUUGAAGGGCCAUUGGAAGAAAAUCGGAAUAUAUGAUACGUUGCACCUAUAUGCGGGAAGCCCCUUUCCUUGCGACCGAUCUCUCAUCAUUGCGGCCCUAUGCUUUUGGUCUUCCUCCACCAAUUGCAUGAGGCUUCGUUUUGGGAUGAUGACGCCCAACUUGCUAGACUUGGCCGCUAUCGCCGGCCUUCGCCCUCAUGGAGAUGAUUUCUCGGCCGCCAAUUUUCCAAAAGCCAAGGUGGGCUUAGAUUUUCACAUGUCGAACAAGACCUCCGGGAGUUGGAUGAAGACGUAUGUUGGCCAUGGUGGAGAUCCCACCGACCCUCCUUCCAUAAAUGGUGUAUCCUAUACUGAGCAUGUGGCUUUCCUUGUGAUGUGGUUGUGCAAGUUACUAAGGAAUUCCAAGCCCUGGCGGAGGUACUUGUGGAUAGCGAUCAAGUGGCCAUGGGCCCAAUUUUUCCUGCCUUUCUUUAUAGAGGGCUCCGCGAGGUAACCACUAAACCCAUGGAUUAUCAUCCUUUAGUAUUCCGAUUAGAGAUUCCCGAUUUGGUGACUCUAAUAUUUUUAUCCACUGGUGGAAAGAGAUGUCAGCCGGUUGGUUUUCUCAACCAUGCUCAGAGAUGGAAGAUAGGGUCUUCAAGCAUUGCCCAUGCUCAUCGGUCUUUCAGCAAGAGAAAGAGAAGAAGAAGGCCCAAACAAAAGCAAACACUUCUGAGAAGGAAAAUCCUCCCUUUGACAUUAUUGAGAGAGAGAGCUCAGCCAAAUCUGCCGAUGCAAAUACUGGGCGGGCCGAGAGAAGGCCCAACGCCCCCAUCCAAGGAGAUACCCUCGCAGGAAAUAUUAUGCCCUUACAAAUAUUCCUUCAGCCCAGGAAAGUUCCGCCGAACCUUUCACCUCAAGGUGCCCCAAGGCCGACAGAGCAUCCCUCUUCUUCUCAUUCGAUCGGGGCCGUGCAAUUGGCCACCACUUCGUCUGCCACUCCAGUAAGCUUAUAUUUUGAAGGGCCAAAACUCACCCUUAUGCCCAAAAAUAUAGGAAACUCAACCUUCCGCACUUGAGAAGGGAAUUGGGGUGCAAGUCAUGGCUUUAGUGGGCGAG